CGCUCUCUCUCCUGCCUGCUUUUCCAGCCAACCUGCACGCGCCGCUCUAACCCAGGCCCCGCCCCCGAGUGUCUGGCUCCGGAUCCUCUUUCCCCUUCUCCCAGACGGUUGGGGCUCGGGCGCGCGCCCGUGGCAGGCAGCAGAGCAAAGCUAGGCGGCGCGUGAGCGAGCGCAGCCCUUCUCUCUGUCCGGGUGGAUAUGUGUGUGUGAGGGGAAGGGGGCGGUGAGCAGAGCGAGCGAGCCACCAAUGCCGCUGCUGUGAGAUGGCAUCAUUCUGCGCGGUGGUGGUGGCGGCGGCGGCGGUGGUUGGGAGCGGUGCCGAGGGCUGAGGGCACAGCGCUCCGCCACAGCAAGGGGGCGGCGGCGGUGGCGGCGGCGGCGGCGGCAUCAUCCCCACCACCAGCACCGCCAAGCAGCCGAGCUCCGAGCCACGCCUGAAGAAGAAAACUCUGACAUGGCUGGAGCCUCACCAAGAUCUGGAACUGGUAAUAACUAUAAUGGAAGACUACAAAUGCAAGUAACUAUUUCUAGUGCCAAGCUGAAAAGAAAAAAGAACUGGUUUGGUGGAACUGCAAUCUAUACAGAACUACUAGCAGAUACUGAAAUUAAGAAAACAUCUAAAUCCAACAGUUCUUCAAAUCCAAAAUGGGAUGAGCAGUUGACUGUGAAUGUGACUCCACAAACCACUUUGGAGUUUAGAGUGUGGAGCCAUCAUACCUUAAAAGCUGAUGCUUUAUUAGGAAAAGCCACUGUAGAUCUUAGACAAGCUUUGGAAAUACACAAUAGAAGAUUAGAAAGAGUCAAAGAACAAUUGAAACUCUCACUGGAAAACAAGAGUGGCUUGGUGCAAACAGGAGAACUGAUCAUUGUGCUUGAUGGUGUGGUGCUGGAACCAGAAUCUCUUACAAACCACAGUUCACUAGUAACCAUAGAAGUCCAGCAAAAUGGUGAUGCUUUACAUGAAAACAGAGAAACAUCUGCAAGAACCACUUCCAGAUUUCCAUGUGAUAUUUCUAACAGAAUAGACAAUCAAACCUCAUCAAACCCUGUAGGACAAAACUCAUACCCUGUACAAGUUAAUGGAGACAGCGGAAUCAGCACACCAUCUCCUUCUCAUAUUGCAGCCAGACCCAAAAAUACACCAACACCAAAACCACUUACAAGUCAGCCAGAUAGCAGCAUUGUUAAUUGUGAGUCAUCUGUGAUGGAAGCUGAUAAUCAUUCAACCUCUGAAAUUCCUAUGGAUUCUGCAGAAGCAUCUUCGAUAUCUGCAGAUUGCGUUACCACUAUUACAGAACCUCCUUCAACAACAGAAGCUACUAGUAACUCUGAAAGUAGCACAUCUACAACUACCCCCAUUGUAUCUGCUGGUCUUGAAGCUGUUGCUCCCACAGACUCUACACCUUCUAGUACAAGAAACAAUACAACUACAGAAGCAGCAAAACCAAGGGAAUCUUCAAAUGUAACUGGGGAAGCUGUAAGGCAACAGCCUGUUAGCACCAGCAUAGAGCCUUUGCCUCCAGGAUGGGAACAGAGAAAGGAUCCUCAUGGUAGAACUUAUUAUGUUGAUCACAACACAAGAACUACAACAUGGGAAAGGCCACAGCCUUUGCCUCCAGGAUGGGAAAGGAGGGUUGAUGAUCGUGGAAGAGUUUAUUAUGUGGACCAUAACACACGGACAACAACUUGGCAGCGACCAACAAUGGAAUCAGUCAGGAACUUUGAGCAAUGGCAGUCUCAGCGCAAUCAACUGCAGGGAGCUAUGCAGCAAUUUAACCAACGAUACCUCUAUUCGGCCUCCAUGCUGUCCGCAGAAAAUGAUCCACUUGGUCCUUUACCACCAGGCUGGGAACGGAGAGUAGAUGCAAAUGAUAGAGUGUAUUUUGUAAACCACAACACAAAGACAACACAAUGGGAAGACCCACGGACUCAAGGUUUACAAAAUGAGGACCCCCUUCCUGAGGGCUGGGAAAUCAGAUACACCAGAGAAGGUGUUAGAUACUUCGUUGAUCAUAACACACGGACAACUACCUUCAAUGAUCCUCGUACCGGUAAAUCCUCUGUAAAUAAAGGACCACAAAUUGCAUAUGAACGCAGCUUCAGGUGGAAGCUAGCUCAUUUCCGCUACUUGUGUCAGUCAAAUGCUCUUCCAAGCCAUGUGAAGAUCAAUGUAUCCAGACAAACAUUGUUUGAAGAUUCCUUCCAACAAAUCAUGGCUUUAAAACCCUAUGACUUAAGGAGACGAUUGUAUGUCAUAUUCAGAGGAGAAGAAGGAUUGGAUUAUGGUGGUUUAGCCAGAGAAUGGUUCUUCUUGCUUUCCCAUGAAGUACUGAACCCUAUGUACUGUCUCUUUGAAUAUGCUGGGAAGAGCAACUACUGUCUACAGAUAAAUCCAGCAUCAACAAUAAAUCCAGAUCAUCUUUCCUAUUUCUGUUUCAUUGGACGGUUUAUUGCCAUGGCUUUGUUUCAUGGCAAAUUCAUUGACACUGGUUUUUCCCUGCCAUUCUACAAGCGCAUGCUAAAUAAGAAACUCACAAUAAAGGAUUUGGAAUCCAUUGAUACUGAAUUCUAUAAUUCCCUAAUUUGGAUAAGGGACAACAACAUUGAAGAGUGUAACUUAGAGAUGUACUUCUGUGUUGAUAUGGAGCUACUAGGGAAAGUUACCUCACAUGAGCUGAAAGCAGGAGGCUCAAACUUACUUGUAACUGAAGAGAAUAAAGAAGAAUACAUUGGUCUUAUGGCAGAGUGGCGGUUUUCCCGAGGAGUACGAGAACAGACCAAAGCUUUCCUUGAUGGAUUUAAUGAAGUUGUUCCCCUUCAGUGGCUACAGUAUUUUGACGAAAAGGAGCUGGAGGUUAUGCUCUGUGGCAUGCAGGAGGUUGACUUAGCAGACUGGCAGAGGAAUACUGUUUAUCGUCAUUAUACAAGGAAUAGCAAGCAAAUAAUAUGGUUUUGGCAGUUCAUAAAAGAAGCUGACAAUGAAGUCCGUAUGCGACUGAUGCAGUUUGUCACUGGUACUUGCAGAUUACCACUAGGAGGAUUUGCUGAGCUCAUGGGAAGCAAUGGUCCUCAGAAAUUCUGCGUUGAAAAAGUUGGCAAAGAAACAUGGUUACCAAGAAGUCAUACAUGCUUUAAUCGGUUGGAUCUGCCGCCUUACAAAAGCUAUGAACAGCUAAAAGAGAAACUGCUUUUUGCAAUUGAGGAGACGGAAGGAUUUGGACAAGAGUAAAAGCAAAUUCUAAUCAAAGUGAUGCUGGCUUUUUCUUCUUUUCUUUUUUUGGACAGACAGGCCGGAGCAACUAAAUUGCACAGAUAGUUGUAUAUAAGCUGUUUCUUCUGUACAGUGAUUUUUCUGGAACUCUAAAAUAUAUAUGUUCUCCGUUCUUCCACAAAGAUAUGCAAAACAGUUCAACCUUCUCUACUUUAUUUAUUUUCCCCUUCAGAGACUUGGCAGAGUAAAAAUGAAGCAGAAAAAGACUUUAUUUAAAAAUAUAUUUGUGUAUAUAAAUACACACUAAUGAGCUCUAGUUUUAUAGAGCUUAAAAACUUACAAAACGUCACAGCCAUUCAGAGGAGUCAGGAAUUUCUUCCUUGGCUUUGGUCAGAAUAUGCGCAGACUGUGUUCUUCUCACUUAUGCAAUAUCUCCAAGGUUAUUUCUAAUGCAUGGCUGUUAUAAAAGGUGUUAAAGGCUUAGGCCAAACGUAUCCUCACUAUGUAGAAAAAUGCUGCUGGCUUUUUGAAAUGAUGGAAUGUGAUAUUCUGUCAGCUUAAUUUUAAAGAACUGUACUAGCUGAUAACCCUCUCUGCUACGUCUGUGUAGCCAAAGUCAUGAGUUAAAGCCUUUAUUACUUGCACAAGUAAUGUACAAUAAGAGGAAUGUGAUUAAUGUUAAGACAUUGGUGCCACUGUUCUGACUUACUGUAGAAGCUGAACAGACUAUUCUAACUCAUUGAGCAGCAUUGAAAAUUGUUUACAUAUACCUUGGGUUAUUUCCAAGAGGACAGUAGGUAAUCUUCAAGGAAAAAAAAAUAAAAGAUUCUUACAUAUUCUCUCCUGGUCUGGUAUCUUAAAGGUGUUUGAAAAGAUAUCGGUGAUAUACUUCAGUUUCAUAGGAUAAACUAAUUUGAGAUUUAGGAGGAUAUAAAAGGUAAUGUGAACUGCGCUGCUCAUUUUGGCUAUGGAUCUAGAUAAGCCAAAUGGAAACACAGUUACAUAAGCUUUGCACAAAUGAACUAAUUUUCUGUUAGUGUUAAAAUAUUCUCAUCCCUUUUUUAAGUUCCUGAAAAGAUCCAGAUGCUCCUAAUUAAGCAUCUCUAAAUUUUAUUCUUUUGUAUAGGCCAAGGCUUAUUUGUCAUAAGUGCACAAUAUAUAGAAACCAUUUUAAUUGUUUUAGCAGUAUUGAGCUGCAAAGAUGUGUAAUGAGUUCUAAAACUUACCAAUGUGAAUUAUUAAAUGCUACUUUUAGCAAAUUGUGCUUCCUUAGAGUAACAUUUUAAAAUUUGCAUUUGUAUCAUGCUUUCAAUAUUCACUGUAAAUUCCAUUAAAUUUAACUUAUACAGUUUUGUACACACAUGAAACAGAUUUCCUAGAAUUAACAUUUCUGUAACAUAUCGAACUGCAAAAACUGUAAAUGCAGAAUGACUGCUAUAUUUGCUUUCAUUUUCUCAAUAUAGCAGUUGAAUCCUGCCAAAUCUUAUUUUUCUACAUAUUGUUACACUUUGUUAUUCAUAGAUAUUAACCUGUGAAUGCUUUGAUAAAAGCACUGAACUAACAGACCUCCAGUCUAUCUUGUUAGUUGCCCUAAACAUAUCAAAAUGGUUUAAAUAUCUUAGAUUGCUCUUCACAACAAAUGUGAAAAACAUCAAAACUGUUUUCCUAAGAUAUGCAGAAAAGUAAUGAAAUUUGGAAAUUACCUGAAUUAUUCAUGUUAGUUUAUAUGGAAAAGAACUUUAAAAAGUGUCAAUGAGGGAAAAGAAAAAGUGAGUUGUCUAAGAGUGGAGAACUAAGUUCAGUACAACAGAAACACUUUAUUAAUUUGCACUAAUGAAUGACUGGGAGAACCAUUGCAACAGCUAAUCUUGUAAAUUGAUAAUUAAAAUAAAAGACAAAGACAGUG